AUGAACAGGAGUGAAGCGAGAAAAAAACCUCCCAUGUAAGUUAAAUUUUAGCCCAUUAUAACUUUAAUAGUUUACAACUAUUAGUUUCCUAGCCACCAGUGUGUAGCCACUCAGUCAGAACUGAAGGGAAACUGAUGUAUACGAGAAUCAUUAGAAGUAAGCUUAAAUGUUAAAGGACAGUACAAACAAUACAAUUUAAAGUCUGCUAGCUGUUUGCACUGUAACCCUGAUAGGAACUGCCAUUUACAUCAUACUAAUGACUAAUAAUUUAUUUGCAGCUACAUUUCUACAAAUCAAUGUUCUAGUUAGAGCUACUAUAGACCUAUUCACUGUUUUUUCAACUUUUGACAUGCACAAGUUAGGGAAAAUCUGUCAACACCAUUGAAAAGAGCACCUUAAGAUUAGUAAAAUUGCUAUAUUUGAAAGUGAUACGUCUAAAGCUUCCCAAGUUGUGAAAAAUUAAUUUUACAGAAAUUUGUAUAGUGGGGGGCAAGUUUGGGCCCCCCACCAUACAAAUUUCUGUAAAAUUAUGCAACCUUGAGGAGCUAUAUCUUCAUUAGUUUUCAAUAAAUCCCCUUCAAACCAGUGCCGAAAGUUGAAAAAAAAAAAAAAAACGGGAAAAGGUCUUUUAAUGGAAUCUCAGACUUAAAAAUAUGUUUUUGAUUAUAAUUUGCAUUAUGGCAAGUAGUACAGCUUACUAGAACCUAAUGUAGUCAGCAAAAUAAAAUAGUGGGAAUGGGAAUGAGUGAAGUUAGUCCAAGGUGAUCAAUAUGUACCUUACAAGUGAUUGAAUGAAAUUGGAUGACUGACUGUGUAAGCAAGAGUCCAUGAGAAUGAUUAUAGACUGAACUAGCCAAUUUGUGAUAACAUAAGAUCUUUUGAGUGUCUUUUUUUGCUAUACUUGGCAUUAGUGCCGCUUUACAACAAAAUUUAGUCAUAAAUAUGGUUUGCCUGCAACUGCCAAAAUAAUUAAUUAUGAACAUCUUACUGUGAUGUCCUAGAUUAUCUGAAUAAUGUCUGACACACUAGACAGCUUCCAGUUGUGUCACAGACAGGAAUGGGAGCUGUUGAUUGUUUUUCAAGACACCUAUUCACGAUUCAUUGUUGGUAUACUGAUAUAUUACCAUUCACCUUCACCUGUAUUAUUAUAUGGCUGAGUCUGUUUUUGCCAUGCAAUUGGUCAAUUUGCGGUCCGUAACUUGCUAUACGGACCAAAAUUUUUAAAGAAAAUGCUCAUUUCAGAGCUCUAAAUCUCUUUACCGCGGAAAAAGGUUUAAAUAGAGCUAUAUAUAGGACGCCUGUCAACCUUGAGGACUUGGAUGCUGACUUUGGCCUUCAACAUUUUAAACUGUGUUUAUUUGUGAAUGAAGGCGAUGAAGAAACUAACUCGUAAUCUUAUCGACGAGGAUUCUAGUCAGUGUUUGAAAAUUUUAUCGUAGUACACAGUUAAGAAGACGAAAAUCGACUGGCGGAGAUUCGAGUUGUUUUGCCUAAGAGAAAAUGAGUAAUUCCUUCAACAAAUAUGAUAACAAACAUACCUGCACCCGAUCAUCUUGACAAGCUUCUUUGCCCUUUGCAGUGUUUUUUCAAAGACCGACGAUAGAAAGAUGGAAGCGAGUUCGAGCCAGACACAAUAAUGUCCAGUUUUCAAAAGACUCCAGCGUCACAGACAGUGUCCGGUUUCCAGAAUACUCGGACGUUACAUUAAAGAGCUAAAACUUACAGUGCUCUUAGUUUUGACCAAAUAAACUUUUUCAACAAAGUGAAUUUGUUUUUACUUUCUCGGAAAGCCUUAAUAUGUGCUAUUGUUUUCGUGCGCCAAUUAAAACUUUCUUUUUUGACGCCUGUCAAAUCAUGACUGUCAAAUCGUGCAUCCUGCACUUGUUUCCGGUCCCCCAAACAGGAAGAAGCCAUAUAAUAAACAUCUUAUUAGCCUCGUUUUUUCGGUCCGUACUGUAAAUUAUGGAUCCUCGUUUUUUUCCAAAUCGAUGGAAAAAAACUCGGUCCGUAAUUUACAGUACAGACCAAAAACUCGGCUAAUAAGAGGUAUGUAUAGGCCACCAAUAAGGUUAAUCACAGGAUACAUUGAUGCUUUUUUGGAACCCUUAGCUCCCAUGAGUAGCUUAUUUGCUUUGUAUGAGCUGCUUAUUGGCUCAACCAACUUUGGCACAAAAUAAUAUAUUGUCAGUUUGAACCUUUAAAAAAGUAUUCUACACUCAGACACAGUAACAUAUAGAUUUAGCCAGGGCUACUAGCAGUAGCUGUUGGCUAGGAAGUGCAGGCAAAACCACUUUCAUAUGAAUGUGAAUGCCCUUUAGUUAAAGUGUCAAAAAAAGCAUGAUAACUGGAUUGAACAACACAGUAAACAAGACUCAUAUGUAAUUCAACCAUUUUAUUCGCAAUUUCUUAGAUAAAUUUAGCCUGCGAAGACUGUGGAUAGUAAUUAAGGAGAAAGGAUCAACGUUUGUUUUCGCCAGCAAAGAUACAUUGAAACAGUAAUGCAUGUAUACAGACAUGCAUGAAGUCUUAUAAUAUUACUCAAUUGAAUAUUUCAAUCUGUGUUCAAUGACCAAACGCCGUUGAUACGAAAUAGAAAAAUUACCACUGGAGUUUAAAGCUUAUUGAGGCUUUCGGAUGACAAGUGAUGUACGUGCUGGAGAACAUAUAAAAGUAUAAACACCAUGCACUUUUUUCACACUGUAGUGAAACCUGAAUAAACGUAACUGACAUCAAUUUCCAGAGACUAGCACUCGUAUCUUACCAAAAACUUGUCCUGCACUCAGCUGAAAUAAGGCUCUAAUUUCAUUUUCCCAUGUACAUGUAAAUAGAUUCCAUUCUGGCAAGCGAAUUGAAAAGUCUCCCAUUUAGUAUGUUACUUGGUGUACCUGAAUUAUGAGUGCUUGCGAAUAGAAUGUAAUAAUGAUUGUUGCAUCACUUGCAUUUGCAUUCAUGUGAUUUCCGUGAUUUUACUAGAUACUAGAUGGACCUUAAACUCAUCACCAGGGCCCUCGAUCGAGGCCACACUUUGAAUGCAUAUUAGUCUGUACAACACUGGAAUCUGAACAAAUCAAGAAAAAUCUCGCUAUACAGUUAAUAAAGUGCUGCUGACCAAGAAUAGAUGACAGGCUCCUUUUUGUCGCCUGCAAAAAGCGUAGCUCUAGUUAAUAAAUGUAUAAUUAUUCAAACAAAUUUAUAAACUUGUAAUCCACAAAUCGGUUAUCGGUAGCUGAGGAGAUCCAAAUGACGUUUAAGAGUAAGGUCUGGGUGACUAAGAGAGAAAAUAAUUUGCAAACAGUACAAGAAUGAAGCAACAUCUAAAAUCUUCCAUCGAGUUAAUAAUCUUAUUUGUACACCUAAUAAAUAGAAAUCGCCUUUGGCCACAGCAGAUUUGGAGUGGAAAACAAAUCUUGCAGGAUUUCCUGCCAUGAAAAGAGCAUGUUGCACAAAAUAACCUCGCACGAUUUAUAACAUACUCCUUCCCCCCAAUCGGCUGACACCUGAUUCCCUUCCCUCCCCUGCAAAGAGUGUACGGGUGUAUGCUACGUCAUUACCAAAUUUUCUUGGAUAAAUAGUUUAGUUUAAUUGUCUUACCCAUGGUGCUCUGCUGCGCGUGCAAAGCACGUGCAAGAGCUCUGCUAUAAAUGGAUAUUUACAGUUGAAGAAGUCACUACUGUAAAUGCUCCAAUGACAGUGGCUCCUAAACGAGUCCUCUCCUUUGAACUUGUACUAUAGAUCACCCUUGAAAUCUAAAUCCCAAUCUUGCCUGCCCCAAAAAGAAGAAAGUGAGGAACUUUAUAAAUAAAAUUGUGCACACUGUAUCUGAUGUUUCGAUUGGGUUGGUGAAAGCAAAGGGUAAAGCAUUGAACUACACAGCCACUCAAAAUUGUGUCUCUGCACCAUAUGAUGCUACAUUUUCUUAUUUUAAUAUUGCAGUUUUGUUUACUUGAAAUUGAAGCAAUGUCAUAUGUUUAGAGGCUGAAAAUUGAAGGACAAAUUAAUUUGUAAGCCCUGCGUGCACUACCCUAUGAAGUAAAAAUGAGUCAUUGCCAAUUUUAGACAUUUAAGUACAACUUGCCUGUUAUUAAGUCCAUGGUUGCAUUGGUAAGUACAUUUUCUUUAGUAACACUUUAUGAGUUAAAGGCUUCUUCAAUAAUAGUGAUUUCUUUUUCAUUUUCAGGAAACCUGGAGUGGGAGCUGCCAGUAUAAACAUGAAUGUGAGCCGCAAAAGCAGCCACAGUUUUGGCAGCAGAAGUAUCAGAACAAUUGGUGGAGGUUCCAGGAAUAAUCUUUUCAACUCUUCAAGCCGCAAGAGUGUUGCAAUUGAGUCCAGCAGGGCAGAAAAAACACAGAUGAAACCUCCAGUCCAGGUGUUGUGCCAGGUUUUCCUUUGAAUUGUUGUUUACAGGGUUUUCAAGGAUUUGUGCUAGUGGUUUAUCUGCUUUUUGGUUGCUGCUAUUACUUUCAAGCUUCCAAAGGGAAGGGUGGAGUUUGUGGCCACUUGUUAGGUUUAAGUAUUAACAAUAUGGUAGCCAUGCUUCAAUCAUUACACCGUAUGUUUAUAAGGACAGUUUGGUUGUGAUUGAAACCAUUUAAUGGCUUUGAUUCAGUUGUUCUUUGACUGACUUGCACUUUUCAACAGUAAAAUCUGGAGCCAUCAUCUGGGCCAAAAGUCAUUGCUUUACAUAGUGAAUGAAUUAAGCUAAUUAUGAAGUGCUAUUAUACAUUUAAUUUUUUUUUGUGGCAGGUUUUUGAUGACAUGGGACAAGAUGUCACUCCCAGAAGCCUGCUUCAAAUUGAUCCUACUGUGAAGUAAGGCUUGACUGCUUCAGCAUGCGAAAAAAUCUCAAGGAUUAUGAUUAAAAAUACUCAUACUGAUUGAGAGAAAACUGUUGCAUGGUGAUGUGAUGGGGAUUACAUCACAACAAAAGGGUUUUUUUAUAACCUACAGUACUUCUUUUUACAGUUUCUUGCAAUAAUAAUGCUGAAAACAGCCCCCUUGAAAGUGAUGUUUCACUGGAAAUAACACAUGAUUUUUUAAUUUCUGCUUUUAAUUCUGUCAAUAUCCCAAAAGUGUGUAACAUUGCCUCGUUGAAAGUAGCAUUAUUUCCUCAAGCAUACUGUAGAUUAAUAUGAACAGAAAUGCUUGGCAGUAGUCAGUAAUAUAAUUUGUUUGACCUUGCUUACAUGUGAUUCAGUAGUCCAUAAACAAAAAUAAGUUGUUAAGGAUGUAUAAAGCUAAUAAAAAGUUAAUUGCUAUACAUUGUCAUUCAUUAUGCAUACAAAAAUAUCAUCAAAUGUAUAGAAAAGACCAAACCCCAAGUUCUUUUGUUUUUGUGCUUUUCAGAUAGCCAGUGUUUACUUUUUUGUUGAGACUAUACACAUAUCUUGUCUUUUCUACAGGAGAAACCAAAGUAAUACUUUCUUCACUGGUGGAGAGUCCAUUGCAACGGUAUUGAAAGUUUUUUGUUGUAAUAAUCAUUCUUCAUAAAUUUGAAUAAAAACAAAUAAAUAAACAUUACUGACUUUCCCCACUCGCAGCCAGUGGCUGAAUUUCAGUGGAACCUGAGGGAGGUGAGAGGGCAUGUCAGCAUGUAAAUGUGUGCUAUGCUGCCGCUUCAGUCUGUGUUUGAUUUCAUACAAGACACUGGGAUCGACAGUGUGUAUGUCCCAUACUCAGUUUCAAACGUUACAAUGUCAAGGGUUUUUUUACCACUGUACGUUCCCCAAACCCAACUGUUGUUUAAGGAUGAAGGACUGGACAGAGCCAAAGGCUAAUGUCACCAUCCAUCGACCUGAUCACCUGACCUGAGAAAGGGUGUUCAGUCACAGCUAUAAUAAUUAUUAUUCAUAAUCUAGUCAACUAGCUUUUUAAGGACCGUCAGUUAAUUGGUCCAGCAGGGGUUUGAACUCACACCCCCCUUCUCAGCAAAAUCAACACUCUUCCAACUGAACUAACUUAGGUUACAAGGCAUAAAAAGGCAUAAAGGUAAAAGGCAUAAAAAGAUGGAGAUAAUACAGUCAUUGUCAUACUCUUGAACUCCCUACACGUUUUAAUUAAUAAACCUAAAGCCUGAGAAAAGGUACCUCUUUUGGGUGGAGUCGCCCCAUAUAGGACAUCAUGGGGACUAACUCUCCCAGGUCAAACAUUUACAUGUAACGCCAACCACUGCACAGGUGAUUCAUAUAGCCACAAUCAAGGAAGAGCUGUUUCCAUUUAAUCGUGGGGAUCGCUGAGGUUUCAUUUUCAGUGACCCUCAUGAUCAUGAUAAUUGAAACCACAGGAAGCCUUUGGAACAGGGGUUCAAACUGUAACUUUAUUUUGUGUUUUUGUGGUAGCCUUCUGUUGCCUCUGAAAUGACUGGUCAAUCAUUUUAUGCUGCCAGCAGCGCUAGUAUGUAUGGAGGAUUUUCUCGAUCAGUGUUUGGCUCUGUAUCUGGAAGAUCUUCUCCUGAAUCUGUCAGUGAGGAUCUUGCAGAACCAAGCUCUGGAUAUCGUGACAAAUUUGCUGCAUCACUUGGAGGUAAUUAUGUAAAAUUAAUAAUAUAAGAAGAAAAUUUGUUAUGAUUGACUAUUUAGAUUUGAAGUACUAUUAACCUAACCUCUCCGAGAUAUAAUCGCCACACUGAAGGAGGAAGAACUUUUAUCAUCACGACCGUGCAAAGCAUACGUGAAAAGUUUAGCAUUGUCUUUAAGACAAAGAGACUCGGUAAAUUCUUUUAAACAAUCGUUGUGGAAUAAAUUUUUCACUCAACAGCAGACUCUUGCUCAUAUUCUUAUUUAACUUGUUCAAUAAGUUUAGACCAGAUUAUACAGCUUAUCUUCUAUUUUUUUAUAUAGUUCAGUAGUAUCUAUAGUAUUUAGAUUUUUAGAUUAUUUAGUUGUAUCCUGUAUUUUAUAUAGUUUAGUGUUAUCUAUUUAAUUGUUUCUUUCAUUAUUUUUUUAAUUUGUUAUUUUAGAAGGCCAAAAGUGUAUUUUAAGCUUUGUCUAUUUAGAGUCAACCCACAUUAAACAAAGUCUGUCUUAUCUUAUCUUAUGUGUGCAGAUAAAGUUAACAUACGAAUAGCUUGGAUGGGGAUCAUGAAUUUAUUUGACAACACCUUUUGUUCAAACAUACUGUAUAGGAGAUAUUAUAUUGACUUCCUAUCUGUCGAUCAUUUGUGUGUUGUUAGUAUAAUAUGCCCUUCAGAAUCUGAACUUUAGCUUUGUAGACAACUGCUGAGUAAAACUUAGAAUUUACCAAUCGCAACAUUACUUUCAGUUUUCUUGCUGUAAGAGACAUUCCCGCCGGUGGGAAUAGAAUUAAUAUUUUUUAAUAGUUUUAUUGUUUUCACCAAUGAAUUUCUCAAAAAUCAUCUUGGCGAUCUGUAGAUAUUCAGACACGUCCCACGCUGGUUAGAGAAGAGCUUACGGAAGCAGAUCUUGAUAAAAUGGUAUGAAAAUUAUACUUUAAUUCUUUUUUGUUAGUGAUCGGUUUCAACUCCUUAGUUUUCGUUCGGCCGACUACGAAGCAUCCAGCUACACGCGAGAAAAAACCUCUCGUAUCCAGGGUAAUAAUUUGGUUGAUUGAGUCAGUGAGGAGUUGUGGGUCACUACACGCCUUUUGAAUAAGUUGGUCACGUGAUCAACUUUCGGUAAAAGUGAAAACAGGAGUAGUGAAUGAAAACAGAAAAAACAAACUGAAAACAGUUUGCUUUUGAAAAAAUUUGUUAGACGAGCUGAAAGAGCAUAUUAAAAUAGGGUAGCCUGUAAAUUUUCAGCCGUAUUUGUAUGACAAAAACAACUCUUGCCACCUAGUCACGCUUGAAUGGUUUUCCAUACAAAUCCUUGCAAAUCUUGAAAUUUUCAAACUGUCGUGAAAUAUUUCCUUAAGCAUUACGGGGCUCAAAUCUCCUUUUAAUUCAUAAAAGGCCCUUUGAGCCCUUAAAUGUGUAAGAGAAAGAUUUAACGACAGUUUAAAAUUUUCAGAUUUACAAGUAGUUGUAUGGAAAACCACUGAAACGUGACUGGCUGAGUUGUUUUUCUCAUACAGAUCCUUCUAAUUUGAUCGAAUUUAACGCCCCGACGGGCAAAUAAUACUUUGAUUUGCAUGUGGUACCGAAGUCGCUUUAGACGCACAGCAAGCUAGAGUCGGCAGUUACCUCCAAAUAGAAAAAUGGAAGCAAUUUUUCGUGGCACUUUAUUCACUACUCCUGAAUGUAUAGAGAAAAAAAAUAUGUCGAUGAAGGAGGAUUUAUACCUCCAUUUAUUGGCGAAUCGGCAAAGAGCUGCCAAACACAUAUAAAAUCUCUCGUCUUCGUCGAGAUUCAUUACUAAAACGUUUUGGAUCGAGACCUUGAUGAUGCCUCCACAUCUGGAGAAUGAAAAAGCGUCCACGUACGUUUUAAGUGAUGCCCUCACUCAGGAGUGAAUACCCAGGAUAAUAAGAAAACCAAUCGUGAUAAUUAUUACUCUGCUUAGGUACACCUUUCACUGUGUGAGACAGAGACCAUUUGGUUGCUGGACUUUCCUGGAACAUGUGUUGCUGAAGAUAGUGAGAUUGCUGACGGGAUAAAGGAAAAGAACCAAAGAUAUGACGAGGUAUGUUUAGUAAAUCAGUUAUGAAAAAUGGGGGAAAAUCUGACUUUCUCUUGCGAAAAACUCCGACUUUUCAUUUGCAUCUGACACUUUUAUCUUUUGAGUAGCUUACACACAUUUUAUACCUCAUGAAAACCCAUCACUCGAUGACUUAAUUAGACUGAAAUUCACAAUAUUUGCACUAAAAUUGGUGAUAACAAUUACAUAAACAAUACCUUUUGGUCUAGAGAUUUGGAUUGUACACCUACAGUACGGCAAAACAUCUUUUCAAAUCGUUAGUCUGCCUUUUUAGAAACUUGUUGAACAUCACAACGUAUCUUUACAAAGAAUCAGCUGCCACAGUUGUAUAAGCUUGUGUAACUUCUAAAUUGGAUUACUGUAACUCUAUUUUUGCGUUCGAGGUACGAGAACGCAACCCCUAAUUUGUGUUGGGUGUUCUGUGCGUUAUUGGGUGUCCUGUGCAAAGCUCGCUUUAUAACUGGUGCUUGCUCGUAAGUUUGAUCAUGUAAGUCCACUUCUGGGAAAACUUCAUUGGCUCCCGAUUUCCUACCAUGUUACAUUCAAAAUUCUCUCAAACAUAUCACUUUUUCGGCUGUAAAAAUAUUCAUCGAUGAUUAUUUCAUAACUUUAUUAUUAUUAUUAUUAUUACAGUAUACUUACAGUAUUCAUUCUUUUACUUGCCAAAAAUCAGAGAAAAUCAGUGCACCUAUACACUGUACUUUGAAAAAUUCCAUAUUCUCUAGUUGUCAACGGAAUAAAAAAGUGUAAAAUUCACGAUAAAAAGACUGAGUACUACUACUACUGGUGAUCACGUCUUGUGUAUUCAGAACACGUUAUCGCUUGCUAUUGUCCUUGUCACGUCUCUUUAGCUUCUGAAAAACCGUGUUGGUAAUGACAGUUACGUGGAGAGAGGAAUGCAGACAUUCAACAACGGUCAGAAGAAUAAAGAAAUACAAUCCAUCAAAGUAGAGUUACAUGUAAGUAUAAAUAAAGAUCAGUUUGAUGGCAAAUUUUGUAAAACGUGGGUUUGUAUCUUAGGUAUUGGAUGUAAUGGAGAUGGUCCUUUCAAGCUCACCGUUUAUGAUAUGGAUGAGAAUAUGAAAUGAACUUUUAUUCAGCCCAGCUCUUUACUUUGCUGAAUCCAAAAACGGAUUUUGCGUCCCUUGACUCAUAUCUGAUCUUUAAGUUCCCAAAGAAAAGCACGCUCAGUUUCCAAAUGUCUUUGAAGUCAACGUGGUUGUGGAUAAUGGCGGAAUUUUUCGUCGAGUCGCUAAGGGGCAGACGAGGAAGUUAUCCCUAAAGCCAUUAUCCACCGAGGUUGAAAAGCGUAGGUUAUAAUAUUUAACAAUUAUUCCUAGAGCCCGAAUGGGCUCUGAGUCAAUAGCCCAAGAGGCCGAAGGCCGAAUGGACUAUUGACUCAGAGGCCAUGAGGACGAGAGGAAUAAUUGUUUUAGUAAAAUCCAACUAGUUGGUCAAAAAUAUCGACACAAAACAACUUUAGCUUGCAAAACUCCAUUCAGCCGCCAUUGUUUUGGUUUUCAAAGGUGGCGCUUUUCGCUACUAGACUAGUGGGCUAUAACCUAUAGCCUAGUAGUAACUCAACCAAUCAGAACGCAGCAUUGAUAAUAGACCACUAGUUGGAUUUUACUAAACACAGUAAGUUAUCUCAACUGUAUCAUUUAAAAAAGGAAAACGUUAAAUGUUGAUUUGACUGACUGCCCAAUAUACUUGAAAAAUUUGCACGUAGCGCUCAACAGUACAUGCGCGAGAAAAUUUUUUUUUUUACUUGCUGACAUGUACGAUUUUCUCAGCGUUUAAGCUAAUCACAUUUUUCUGUGCUCAAGAUCACGCAUUAUCCGUUCGGUAAAGAAUGGAUAAGCCUGGUUUUCGCCGGCGACACCAGCAUAAGGGCAAGCACCAGCGCAAUCAUACGUUAGAGUGUUUAUUUCAACACGGGCAUAAAAACGGCCUGAACGUGUGAGCGCAAGGAAAAACAUAAGGAUCAAAUGCUUUUUUUUUUCAAUUAAAUUAGUAUUGUGCCGAGAUCGUGAAAAUUUGUGGAAAAAUGCGAGUUGGCUAUGCUAACCAGGGCGGAUAAUGGUUGGGCGAUGAAACGAGCGCGUCCGCGCAAAAAGGUGUGUUGCAGUAGACUGGGACUUCGCUUGGAAAUGUCACCUGUUUUCGACUUUGGUCAGGCCUUGCGAUGUGGUUUGUCCAUUAGCAAAGUUGUCACUGAAUUAUGACGGCUUGAGUUGUUUUCUCGCACUUCUCCGUUAUUUGAGCUGGAUUUGCGACGUUUUGAGCGAGUCGUCAUAACGCGUAGCAACCGAGAGGCAAAGUUUGAAGUAUUACAAUGCCACCAUCUCCAUAUAUCUCCAGCUAAUUUUUUUGUUAUGUUAUGUAAAAUUUACCCUCCUUUGAUAACAUAUGUAAGAAUUAUAGUGGAGUAAUUCGGAGCUUUGCAAACGAAGCGGCGAAAGACGAUUAGGUGGUAUUUAGCAGCAAGAGGAAGCGUUUAACAGUUUCAAAUUGAACUCAAAUUUUGACAUUAUACGACUAACAAGCUUGAGUUAUACGCACACAGACGAAAACAUAAGAAACUGUUUAUCAAUAUUGUUGUGAAACGAAUUUGCUCAUUUCACACUGUAGGUUGAAAUUGCCCUUUACAAGCCCUGAUCUGAGGCGCGGCCUGUGAGUCAGCAAAUCCAGUUAACAGUAAGGGUGGGCCCUGCACUCAGGACCUCCAGUUAACAAGGUCAGCUCUUUGACCUCUAGGCACGCUGCCCUCACUGUUAAGUGUUUAGGCUCCCUGUGAUGUCAUUUUGUGGUUUGUUGCAGGAGGUUGGCUGUGUGGCGACCACUUGGGACAUGUAUGACACGUAUAAUUCUCAGGAGGACAGCCAUGAAGGUACAAUAAGACUAGUAGUACGGCACAAGUCGGUUUUCUAGUUUUUACUUUAGCUUUUUGUGAAGCUGACACCACUUAUGUUGUUGUUUUUUAAUUUUCAAAGGAGGCGAAAAAGAAGAUGGAGAUGAUCAUUUGGAGAGUCUCAGUCGGCCUGUGAGUGGAGAAAAAACAAGCAGCCAUGAUGAUAGCGAGAGUGUCGGUUCUGGAGCUGUCAGACCUUCUAGUGCAGCAUCUGGCCGCAGUUUUACGGGUAAACUUUAAUAAAUCCUUUAUCCCAAGUGAUAAACUUGUGUUAAAUGCGGUGCCCUUGCAUGAAAGAUUCACCAAUGUAAAGUGUAAAUAUGCUUUGUGAUCCCUUAGAAUAACUAUGAUUAUCAUGAAUCCAAAUACCCUCUAGACUCAUGUACUCAAGCCUAAUAAUGGUGUCAUGAGGUCGCUGGAAUGUCAGGACAUGAUAUCAUUAUUUUUUACUUGUUUAUGGAUCUCAAAAUAAUUACUAAUAAUAACACUGUAAUAAAACACUACUUCUACUAUUACUACUGCUACUACCACUACCACUACCACUACCACCACCACUACCACUACCACUACCACUACCACUACCACUACCACUACCACUACCACUACCACUACCACUACCACCACCACCACCACCUCCACCACUACCACUACCACUACCACUACUACCACUACUACCAAUAAUGGUAAUGAUAGUUGGUUCCUUUUUGUAAUCUGUUAGGAAGCCGAGCCAGUAUGUUCACAUUUAAAAGUAGUUCAGUUGAAGAAGAGACCCCUGAAAAACCAGAAGAUGGCAUCACUGAUAAGGAAAUGGAAGAUCUUGCUUCCAUCUUGGCUGAGAAAAUACUUCAGGUAAAACAACUACUACUCCAGUAUUUAUCAAUUCUCUCUGUUUUAUUUACAUUCAUGUUUGUGAAACGUUUAGUUUCUGCUCCAAAUGAGAUGAUAUUAAUUGACAAUUAUCCAUGAACCACAUUUAAGGUUUAGGUAUAUAGCAGUCCCCAAAGUUAAUAGUUUUGUUAAGGAAGAACGUUCGAAAAGCCUUUUCCAAAGGCAAAAUCUUCACGGCCGCGCCCGUUUCUCGUGUCUCUCUCGCGGCUUCGCCGCUCGACGCUCGCGCGCAUGCACCCCCUUCAUUAAAUCUGAAGAAAAAGCGGGACUGCUCGCAGUCUACGAUGAACAAGGUGCCUCGGACAUCGUGAUUUCAAAGAACCCUGAAUAUUUAAAAUUCUGAGAGUUAUCUGUAACGCAUAAUGUAAAUGUAAGUUCUAAGUUCGACAGGUUCAAAAUACGCAAAACAACUUUUACUUUUCAAAUCCGCGUCAAUUCAUUCUACGGAUCGAAGCUUGAUAUACUGAAUAACUUUUUGUUGUUUGCCGCUUUCCCCCUCCUUUUUCCCUUUGUUGUUCCGGAGUGUUUGUCUUCGAAAUUGAAGCUGUUGCUGUUGUUGUUAUUUUGCUAUUUUACUAAAGCAAAGUGCAGGAUAUUUACCUCAGUUUCAGAUUUAGCAUAAAGUAUGCUUGACAGUAAAUACAGUCAAACCCCGCUUUAAGGACACCCACUUAAUACGGACACCUCACGGACAGUUUGCUUUGUUCCUGGGGAAAGAAAGCUCUUACAUUUUCUAACUUCAACCCGCUUAGUACGGACACCCACUUAAUACGGACACCUCACGGACAGUUUGCUUUGUCCCUAGGAAAAGAAAGCCCUUACAUUUUCUCUAAAUUCUACCCGCUUAGUGCGGACACCCGGUUAAUACGGACACUUUCUAUGGCCCCCUUAGUGUUGGGAUUAUACCGGGUUUGACUGUAACUGCGUUCCAUAGCUUAAAGAUCUUUUUAAAAUAACUGUUUUCAAAGUUAUGUGGUGCUUAUCUUGACUAGUCAGAAAACAUGCAAAAGGAUCUUUUUACAAUGGAGAGAGCGAUCGCGUUGAAUAUCUAUCAAUCAAGACAGGCCAGAUACAGAGGACUGGAUAUAGUAACAGGUAAUCACAUGCUGAUUUGCUAGACUCAUCUUGUGCAUAAUUGUCCCAAGCUCUUGUGCGUUUUAUCUGGAUGCCUUUUCUAUUGACCUAGCAUGAUUACGCAGGGAUCUCACAAACUGUUUGGUGACAGCAAAACGUAUUUAGGGAUGGUUACCCGUCAAAUCUUCAAUUGUUCUGAUAAAUAUACAAAUCUAAAUCUCACCGUCGUAUAAAACUUGUGCUUACCCUUGGAACUUUUUGACAGCCCGUUUACAGCUUAUUAUUUGCAUCCUUUACAAACUUUUUUUUGCUUGUAACCGUGCCACCCUCCAAUUCCAAUGCCCAGUGCAUUUAGCGGCUCGGGAUCCCCCGCCACUGGGAUUUAUAAGUUAGGUUAACUAAGGUUUACCUGCUUUAAUGAUUUCUUUCUUUCCCCGUAUGGUAUAUUUUUUUCACUUUUUCACUGGAAGCCACAAUAAGUACUUUCCUCAUUGGGGCAGCGCAAUUUUUUUUCUCAUCUUUAUUAUUGUAUUCUGAGAUAAAGUUGAAGUUGACCAAGAGUGCUUGUUUUGAUCAGACAUCGAUGCAGAAAAAUCAGAAGGCGAGGAAGUAACAUCUGCCGCAGUAACUUUGGCACAACUGGGUCCCAAUCUACACAAGCUUUGGAGCUACUCCUGUAACCUUACAAAGGGACGCAAUGUCAGUUGUCUAGCUUGGAACAAACUUAAUCCUGUAAGUUAACAAACUAGUACAAAACAUCAUUAAUUGAUCUCCUCCAACAUGUGUGAACAUAUUGCUUUGUGGCCAGAUAACACGCGUACGCUAACAGAAAACCUUGCAUAUUUUGGGCACAGGUUGUAUUUCUUAGUACUUUUUCGACUCUGGGUCGCAGUUGAACGGAUAGUGUUCUGAAAGCGUUCGACAAAACAACUUGUACUCAAAAUUUCAGUAAUUUCUCAAUAGUCGUCGAUUCAUGGUACUUGACUCAAAAAGGCUGGCUGUCUGGUGUUGAUUUCUUUUCACCGUGUGUUUCUUAUAGAGAAUUAGUUUGAUGUAAGAGAGAUUUAUAGUCACGUUUACGACUAAGGGCAAACGUGAGUUUGUACCACAUGACCAAGUUUCCCUUUACUUUUUCUUUUACUGUUACUGCCGUUACUUCUACAAAAAAAAUCGUAGUUUCACGCCAGUUUUGUCCAUAAGAAUUGUUUUGGAAAGUUUUAAUCUGGUUAUUUGCAAUUUGGAGAAAUUUUUAACUUGAAUCUGACGUUUACUGUAAGCUUGACUCCAAAUCUCCCUAUCAUUGCUGCUUUGUGUAUAACAGGAUAUCCUUGCUGUGGGUUAUGGAGAGUUUGUGUUCUCUGAACAGAAGGGCGGCUUAGCCUGCUGUUGGUCCAUCAAAAAUCCGGAGGUAAUGUUUAUUUUCACUGUUUGUUAGCAGUAGGUCUUCUUGAAGGCGUAGUUCUAUUUUGUAUUGUGGUUCAGUUUUAUCCUUGGUUUAACUUUUCCUUUCCUUUGUUUUGGGGUAUGGUAAUGUAUGUUAAUGAGUUUGAAACAAAGGGAAAUAAAAUUUAAACAAAGGAUGAAAUUGAACCAUAACAUAAUUAUGCAUUAGAGACGUUUAAAUUCGAACACGAAGAUUUGACUGAAAGGUUUUUUUUUCGCGUAUCCUAAAAAUACACUCUGGAAAACGUCGUUUUUUGUUUUAAACUAGAAACGUUAACAAGGAAUUGAAGGAAGUUAAGCCCUGUCCCGAUCACAAUAAAAUUUCUUUCAUUUAAUAACUUGUUUCCGUCGCUAGGACAUUUUCGCUAAAACCCGUAGAAAAAAAAAAACGACGGCUGUCGCGUUUUUCCGCCACGCGCGCACUACAUAGUAUUGAGACAAUCUCGUUGUCGUAGUCGUCUUUGUCUCCUUCACGGGUUGUUCGCUUUUUUCUUUCUCUUAUUUUUGUUUUUACUUUCUUUCAGUAUCCUGAGCGAGUUUUUCACCUCAAUAGUGGAGUAACUGCUGUAGAUUUUUCAGCUGCCCAUGCAAAUCUUUUAGCCGUAAGUAAAAUCCGUUACACCUUCUUCAUGAGGCAUGCACUUAAAAUCAUCAAAAGCAUGCAGUGCAUAACUGGGGCCAGGACAACACCUUCUUCCAAUUUGCUUCAUAAAAAUAAGCUGGAUUUUUGAAAACGUUUCCGCCAAAUGAACCUCUUCCGUUAAGCCUUUUUUUCGGCCAAAAACUCCAAAGUAGUCAAUAUAGAAACUAAGAGUGCAACUAUGGGUUUUUAUCGCCUCCUCCUUUCUCUCUCCUUGCACUUGCUUUUUUUUCCUUUUCUUUUCCUUCGUUAGAGUGAGUUUCGGCCUUAUAGGACUCAAAAACCUGCUUUUUAGCCAAGUUCCACUCAAAUGGCUACAAUUUUCGUGAGGUUCGCGUUUUCAAAAAUCAGGCUAGAAAUUAAAGAACUUAUCUAGUGAAAAUAGUUUUUUCUCUUGAUCUUUUGAAUGGGAAAAUCAUAAAAAAAUCUUUAAGGGAACGGAAGUUAAUACUGAUUUUCGAUUUGUUUUACUCUGGAAAGUGCACAAGCCUUAAGGUGUAUCUGAACAAGUGUUUCCUUCAGCUAAUACAAACAUUGCGUUCUCAAACAUAAUAGCAUUUGAUAAAGAGGGUAACCAUAUUUUUCCCUAGUGACCUCAUGGAAGUCUGUAUAUGUUCGAACGAGUUUUUACUGAUUCGGCGGCUGUUGAGAUUUUGAUGGUUUUGGUUUGAAAUAGGUAAGUCAAGUAAACAACUUGAACGACAACAGGUAAAGAAACUCCUUGUCGCAGAUUAACGCGUUUCUCAGUCGUUUUUAGGGCUCUGCUGGAGUGAGUAGUUUAAGUAUAUCCCAUGCUCGUACCCAAAAGGAACUGUCUAAAUAGCUUUGCCAAACCAUACCAUUUGUUUUUGGCCAGGUUUUCUUGUACAUCGCUGAGUGAGGAGUUUUCUCCGUCUCUUUAGGUAGGCAUGUAUGACGGUACAAUUGCAAUCUACAAUGUGCGAAACAGGAAUGAUGGACCCGCCUUAGACAGUUUGUAAGUAUACCCUCAAAUCCCAUACUGCUUUGCCUUUUUACUGUUUACUUCACGACCACUAUCGUAGUCAUAACAGGAAAAACGUUAGUGAUCUUUGUGGACAGAGGGCCGUCAGUACAGGUGCUACGUUAGUGGAAAAGAAAAUAGGCAGAUGGAUAAAAUCAAUCACAUAAACACUGUAUAAAUGGUACAUGAUUUUUCCUGCUUUCCUAGUUGCAGUGGAAAUACUUCUUAGACUUGGUAAUACAGAGUUAAUGUCGUUUACAUAGACUUAAUGGCCUUUUCUAGGCGUUUAGAUAGUGGAGCGCCGGCGAAAAAAAAAGCGAGGGAAAAAAAAACGAGGGAAGAUUGGGGAGAGCGUUCAAGGAGCAAAAAGCUGUUCCGGUAUAGCAGAUGUGCCUCUGAUUGAUUGAUUAGAGCUUUAAAACCCUUUUUGGUGUAUCGGGAAGGAAGGGGGCGGAAGGUUACAACAUCAUUACAAAUAGUGUUUAAUUCAGAAAUAUUAUAAACUUGUAUUUUAUUUGUGGAAAUCAGUGUUUCUUAAUUCUUCAUAUUCUGAUUGACAACUGGAGGUCGUUCGCCAUUCCCCAGUCCCUUUUUUGGGUGUGUUUCUUGUUCGCUCGAUUUUUGGCCCACGCUUCACCAUCUGGACACCUGGAAAAGACUCAGUAAAGACUUAUCGAUGAGUAGGUUAACAGUAUCUUUAGUAACCAGUCAUUAAUAGUGUGUAACUGUUCGUUGUAGUGAAAGCCAAGGUAAACACUCAUCACCCGUCUGGCAGGUCCGCUGGGUGGACCGAGAACAGGGUGCUGGAGAAGAAAGAGAUGAAAUCCUGAUUUCCAUUUCAGCUGAUGGUCGAGUAACCAAAUGGUCCAUAAGAAAGGGAUUUGAGUGUACAGGUGAUCCUCUUCACUUCUAAAAUAGUGAUAACUUUUACCGUUCAUUGAAUAGUCUCCUUGAGGGAGCUGUGUCACGAAAUGUAGCAAAUUCAAACAGUGGGGACCGCCACCUAACUGAGUGAAACUUAAAUUUAACUGCUCAAAACAUGAAUAGAGGGUAUAAAUAACACAGCAAAUAUAAAAAGAGAAACAAGUGGACAAAUUGGGAGAAGAUUGAAACGGAUUGCAGUUGUGGUUCUUGAAAACUUGUUUGCCUAACAGAUUUUGAAAGUUCAUUUUUGUUUUUUGUAACGUUAUUAUAUAAUGCUUGGGAGACUUAUUUUCUUGACACGAAUCUGUGAUUUUGUCAUUCACAAGUAAUUUCUGAAUUAGGAUGUGCAACUACAGUUGAACUUCUCUACAAAGGCCGCCUUGGGAACAGAAGAAAGUGGCCAUUGUAAAGAGGUGGCCGUUGUAGAGAGGUUUUAAACAGAGUCAAUUUAUGGCUUUUUUGUCCGCCUGGACGAAAAAAUAUGGCCGUUGUAGAGAGGUGGCGGUUAGCGGAAGUUCGACUGUAGCAACAAAAUGUGCCAGCCAGCCGUAACACAGCCCCUUUUUAAGCUUUAAAAAUUUUGUUCUAUUCAUGACGUUUAGACCUGAUGAAGUUAAAACGGAUAAAUGUGGCCAAACAGUCGAAGGAGGGAGGAAAAAAAAGUGAUGCUCUUAUAUCCAGAUUUGCUGCCGGCUUCUGUUUUGAUGUUCAUCCUAACGAUUCUAACAUGUAAGUCAUUGCCUGCACGUGACAAGCUUCCAUGUAGUGUUUGCUAUGGGCUAAUCGUUGCUUUUUAGUCGACCUGUCUCUCUUAGGACUGGAAAAAUCUCAACUGAAAAGAGCGCGCCAAAACUUUCUGGUAUUCCUGAGUAUAAUCACUCUGAAAUUAACGUGUGGUCGAGCUCUCAUUGGUUAAUUAAAGGCCACGUGAAACUGUUUCCCGCCAGCAGUCUCCGAGCGGGAAAUAUCGCAAAAUCAAUGACGUCACCGCGCAAUGUUAACCGGUUGUUGAGAUUUACAUCCUUAAAUGAUGUGUAAAUGUAUUUUUCUUCGUGACCUAUAUAACAAAUCGCUUACUGAUUAGUCCCUCCCAAACUAAAUAUAUCAAGAUACACUUUCAAAGAAAAGAUAAUACACGAUUGAAUGUUCAAAAUGUUUAAUUAAAGUUAUAUAGAAUUGCUAGCAUAUUGACGUUGUCUCGUAUUCUGAUGAUUUCAGCUUGUCCAAUCUUUUUUUAUCGUUUCCUCCAGUGGUAUUACGCUAACCCCGUUAAACUGUAUUUUGCUACUGUAUUGAUUCGAACGUUGGUAUCUCAAUGAACCUCUUUUCUCUGCGUGUUUUAGGUACGUAGCUGGGACCGAGGAAGGUCAUAUUCACAAGUGUUCGUGCUCCUACAAUGAGCAGUAUCUUGAAAGCUAUCAUGGCCAUACUGUAAGAUAAAACAUGUUAAGCAAUUCUCGGAGACCCGCCGGCGGUUAACUGGGAUCGGAUGUUUAGGGGUGAAAUGAUUUAUUGCUCCAAGCUUUACAAAAACAUAUCAUGAGAGAACUCCCAAGCCCAUUCUUUGUUUCUGAACUGAAAGGCUGAAAAUAUUUUUCUGGCCAAUCAUUACCAAGGAAUUCAAACGCUUCGAGAAAUGGUUUGGUAAAUUGCUAACUGGCUUUCACAUUCUCUCUGUUAAUUUUCCCUGCACUAAUUUUCCCAUAAGUACGGUUCGGUGCCGAUUGGCCGCCCGUGGGACUUCGCGGACGAUUUUAGUCGUGUUUGUUGUUUGUUCUAGCUAAUGUUGUUUUUUGUUGGCAGGGUCCCGUAUAUCGUCUGCAGUGGUCUCCGUUCCUGUCGGACGCUUUUCUUAGCUGCAGUGCUGAUUGGAGCAUUCGGCUAUGGCAUCAGGAUAAAUCUCAACCAGUUUUAACCUUUCUGUCAUCCACGGUACGUAGUAACUACUGUCGUUUUGUUGGCUUGCCUCACUUGGUAACUUGCUAAACCUUGUUUAUUACAUUUGAUUUUCAGAAAUCAGUGAAUGACGUCUGUUGGUCACCCUCUUCAGCAACACUUUUUGCUUGUGUCAACGACAAGGCUGUAGAAGUCUGGGAUCUGAGCCUUAACACGUAAGACCCCCGCUUUCGCCAUCCUUUUCGUUUUAUUCUGGCGUGCCGUUGAAUGUUUUGAUCUCACUGUGUUGUUUACGAUUUAUCAGAUUGGAUCCUAUAAUAUCUCAUGUGCCAGUACAGGAACUCAAGUUGUCUUGUGUUCGAUUUACUACCACCUCAGAGGUAAUGCUUCCUUUACGACUCUUUUUUUUAUGACUAUUUGAUCGCAUCUCUUAACAUCAUGCCUGAUAAUUUUUCUAUCUAUGAGCUGUAGCGCUGCUUUAGCGCCUUACGCAGGAUCUCUUCUUUCAUUUCUUUCCAUAUGUUCCUUUCGCGAGAAAAGUCGAAAGGAAAGUACCUUAACUUUACUCAACCCUUAAAGGCACCCGAAACGUUUAACUGAAACAUCUAGGUGUACAAAAGCGAUGCGAAACGAAUUUUGGCGUGCCAAUUAUCAACUUUUUACAAGUUUAUAAAAUGGCUUAGUAACACCCUCCUCGAUCUACUUAAUUCUUCAUAUCCUACGAAAGCCGGAUUCAUUAAUUGCUAAUUAUGUGAAGUUAUUUGAACUGGGUCAGCUAGUGUGCCGUUUGUUUUGGUUUAACAGAUUCAGACCAUUUUAGUGGGUGACUCGGAAGGCCAGGUGACUGUCUAUCAACUAAGAGGUCUUGCUUCUCCAACAGACAACCAGGUAAAAUCCAAACAUUGAAACUUUGUUGAAGCAUAAUAUGUUUUUCAUUUUUUAAUUGAGUUGCUCAACAAAUCGUCUUACUUUUCUUUCGUUUCCGCCACAAGCGUCUUCCUCGCCCCAGUAAGAAUUUAAGUUGUUAUAGAUUUUUACCGGCAAAGAGUUGUUAUAAAGCGCGGCACACAUUUCACAUGUCCAGGAUCCCGGUAGCACGGGCUUGAACUGUUUUCUCCAUAAAAAAUAUUUGUUAUAAGCACUAUCGUUUUUGUCCAAGAAUAGCAUGUAAUUAGCAAGUGACUCUAUCGACGAGAAAUCCAUGGCGUUAAUGAAAGAACCGGGGAUAGCGACUUGCUGGUCGUAUGAAGGACUCCCUAGCACUACUGGAAUAAUACCGUGAUCUAGUGGCGUGUACCAGUAUUUUUCAGUUAUGUAAUCAAGGCAGUAUGAGUUUUCGAACGCUAGAAAGAAUUUGUAACGCCGCAAUAUUUCGCGGCAUCCUCGAGUCGCUUUUGGACAGUUGUUGGUUUGAUUAAAACGCUUUGAACACAUUCCAAACACAUCUACCUUGAUGUACUUCAUCAGUUUUCUAACCAAGUCUUCUCUAAUCCCUUUACAAUGACUUACAAUCCAAACAGCCAGUCUGCUUUUGUCUUUGGCGUAAUUCGUAGUCUCUGACUGUUUUUCGACAAUCUCGUCGGGUCCCAGUUGUGUGUAGGUACGGUACGGAACAAAAAAGUCCGAAUCCCUCCGAUACGACAUCGUCCAGUUGAAGAAGCCGUUGUAUAACGAAGGAUCAUAGUAAGUAAAUUUUGGACUUUCGUGCAUGAAGUAAACCCAUCUCUGAUUGAAAGGUUUGACGCUCAGAAUCUGCUUCAUGUGUGCUGUGCUUGGUAAAUCUCGGCCGUGAAAUAUAACUGCAUCACUGUGUAUCAGAUGGCUCUUGUUAUAGGUUAUUUUACAUGCUUGCACACGACAAGGAACUCUAUUCCAGUGUGUGAAGUUGUAAUUGUUGGUUAAACCUGGCCAUGGUAAGCGACCAAAUAAUGGCGUGUAGAAUAAAAUCAGCUUCAAGUCCCGUCCGUGAUUCUUUUCUCCACUUAACAUAAAUUCGUCCAUGGUCAUUCCAUGUACUUCAGCAGUUUUACCCCUUACCACUGUGGAUUGACGCAGUAGCCGAUACUGCAGAAAAGUGAGGGCGCUACCUAUAAAAACUAUCAAGACAACAGAUUUCGUUUUGUAAUCUAGAGCCAUAAUCAUUUUUGAAAUGUUUCUUUCCUCCCUGUCUUGAUUUUAAUCAUGCGGGAUUUUUUAAACGCAAGUUUUGUUACCUGGAAACAGCUCUUUGUUAAACUGUAUCGCCGGCAAUCAUGAUCGUAUAUUAGCAACAAUCCUAUUGUCAGAGUCACUUUUCACCAAACAUUGUUUGUCUUCCCUUUUGUUUUCUUCUGUUACCGCAUGUUUGGUUUUUUCUCAGAAGUUCUGAAUAUCUUCUUCCCUCUUAUUUGUCGGACGUAUUCGUAUUUGGUAAUGUUACAGGCAAUUUCUGUAUAAAGUACCCACCAUUCAGUGUCAACUGUCUGCAAAUUAAGUUAUGUUGUGUUAACUUAUUGUAUUAACUAUCCAGCGAGCAGAUCGCGUACGCUUCCUCCAUAGGAGUAACCCGUGGAUAGAGUUCGUCAGUUUUUCUGAUACAAAAUUUGAAACCGGUUACAGUAAACACUCGCAUAAUAAGAACACACGAUUUCGGAGGUCAGGCUGAUUGAGUUCUUAUUUAUCGGUGCUGAAUGACAAAUCAGCCUCAAAAUGUUCUUACAUUUUUAUUUAGUAGUACUAUCCAAAACAUGUUGCUAAAGGUAUAUUCAGCAUAUUUUAGGAAAAUUAAAUAAAUAAUUAUUCUGCAAUUUGAUUAUAUUAACAAAUGAAGUUAUCUGACAGGAAACAUAAACUUACAUGUUUUGUAAUUAUGACACUUUUUCCAUUUUAUGAGAACAUGUUACAAUUUUCAGGCUGAUCUUGUUCUUAUAAAAAUGGGGCUUUAUUGGCGAAAUUUCAGCCUGGUGUUGUUAAUCCAUUUGUUCUUAUAUGCGGGUGUUUACUGUAUCGCAUCUUCGUGAAAUAAGCCGGAAAUUGACGCACUCAGUUUAAUUUGUGUGAAAUGUUUUCAUUGUAUUUGAGAGGGAGCAAAAAGAGGGAGCAAACGGGAGCAAACUCGAUGCGAUGAAUUUAUUUCAGCUCUGAAAAAGGACUGUUCACAGCCCCCUAUUUUCCCUUAAGAUCGUCUGGUAGCCGUUACGGACGGCCAUCUUGGUUUCAAAGGUACUGACAGGGUGGGCGUCGGUAUUUAUAGCGGUGAGCCAGAGAAACCAGGAUGGCGGCCCCGUGAGGGUGAGUGUUCGAUCUUACGGGAAAAUAGCACACUUGUGAACAGACUAUUUCAGCUCUUAACAAAGACAGUAUUAUUUCAUGAUCACCUUUGAUCACAACGUGGCUGUUGUUCACCCUCUAGUUGUUUUUUCAUGAUAAUUUAUUUUUGUUUUCGCAAGAACUGUUCCAACAAAAGCAAUUUUUGUCUUUUUUUGCAGGCGCAGGUUUUGACCAAGUUAAUAAGGUCUGUUGAUAACUUGGCAGGAUCACCGGGUAAAAAGAAAGCUGAUCAGGAAUAAGAAGGAUAGAGCGGUCACCUACUCACAUGAACGACAUCCACGCAGAUAAAAUGGCCAUUUAAAACAAGAAGUCCAAGUAUUGUAUACAAGAUGGCUUAUUUUAUUAUUUGAAGAGUUAUUAUGAGACGAAGUCAAAGUUACUUCUUUUUCCUACUGAAUGUUAAAAUGAAAUGUAGGGAAACAAGCUUGUAUAAAAGUCGUUUGGUUUAUAUUUAUUGUGUACAAAAAAGCAAAUAAAAUUAUAGAUUCGAUAAAACAGUG